AUGGAUCCCUUGUUCUUGUUCAUAGCGGAGGCGUUCCUUAUUCUAUGCUUGCUCAUCUCGUACUACAACCACCUGCAAUCUAGGAAAACGAGCCCUUCGGAGCCGACCGAAUGGCCAAUAGUAGGGCAUCUCCUUAGCUUGGCUGCCAACAUCCACAACUUCCACGACUGGGCCACCGGCGUCCUCGCCGGCUCCGGCUACAACUUCGAAGCCCGCUUAGGGCUCACCGGCCUGCGGUUCUUCCUCACCUGCGACCCCUCCAACGUGCGCCACGUCUUCACGGCCAACUUCGCCAACUACCCUAAAGGCGACAAGUUCACCGUGAUCUUCGACGUUCUUGGAGGCGGCAUCUUCAACUCCGACGGGGAGUCGUGGCGGCGCCAGCGGGUGAAGACCCAGACGCUCCUGGCCGACCCUCGGUUCCGAGCCUUCACGGCUCGGUGCUGCCGCGACAAGGUGGCCAGGAGCCUCCUGCCUUUCCUCGCCCACGCCGCGGACACGGGGAGGCCGUGCGAUCUGAGCGACGUGGUCCUGAGGUUAAGCUUCGACAUGACCUGCACUCUCGUCUUCGGCGUCGACCCCGGGUGCCUCGCCACCGGGCUGCCGGUGGUUCCGUUCAUGCGCGCCACGGACGACGCGCUGGAGACGCUGUUCCUCCGCUACAUCACCCCCAUGGCGCUCUGGAAGCUGAUGAGGAGGCUGAACGUUGGACCUGAGCGGAAGAUGGCCGCUGCCCGCCGGGCGAUCGACAGCUUCGUCGCGGAAACGGUUGCGCGACGCCGGGCAGACAAGGCGAAAGACGAAGGUGCGGCGGCUACCGACGGCGACGACGACGACUCCGCCGCCGCCGACUUGCUUUCGUCCUUCCUCUCCGAUGAGGAGAGCAGUAGCACCAGUGACGAGUUCAUACGGGACACGAUGGUGAACUUCCUGGUCGCCGGCCGCGACGGCAUUGCCGUGACGCUCUCGUGGUUCUUCUACCUCGUGUCCGCGAACCCGCGCGUCGAGCAGAAGCUCCUAGGCGAGCUGUCCCUCGUCGUUGCCGCCAGGAAUAACAAUGGUGGUGCAGCUGCUGGCGGCUCCGCCGCGGACACCACCACCAGCGGCAGUGGCGCGGUGACCUUCGACGCGAGCGAGACGCACAGCAUGGCGUACCUGCACGCCGCCCUGUGCGAGUCCCUGAGGCUGUACCCGCCCAUCCCGUUCGAGCACAAGACCGCGGCCGCCGCCGACGUGCUGCCGAGCGGGAAGGAGCUCGAGGCGGGCGACCAGGUGCUCUUCUUCACCUACUCCAUGGGCAGGAUGGAGGGCGUGUGGGGCAAGGACUGCGCCGAGUUCCGGCCCGAGAGGUGGCUCACCGCGGAAGGGAGGCUGCGGCACGAGCCGCCCUACAGGUUCUUCUCCUUCAACGCCGGGCCGCGGACGUGCCUCGGCAAGCAGAUGGUGUUCGUGCAGAUGAAGACCGUGGCGGCGGCCGUGCUGUGGAACUUCGCCGUCGACGUCGUGACGGGCCACGCCGUGGAGCCCAAGCUGUCCAUCGUACUCCACAUGAAGAACGGGCUCGCCGUGCGUGUUAGGAGAAGGGACGACGUCAUGGGCCAUGGUAGGUCCUGACUGAGCACGUCCCUCAUCCGAAUGAACCAUGUGCAUGCAUGUUUUUAAAUAAAGGAUAUCUAUAAAACCUAUAAAGUUAGUCCCCGCUAA